GAACAGUCCGCUGGCCAACGGCAUCGGCUUCGUUGAUGUUGACAAGGAGACAUGCCAGCACACGCAGUUCUCCAACGUCUUCUCCCUGGGUGACUGCUCCUCCCUUCCCACGUCGAAGACUUACAGCGCGAUUUCCGCACAAGCACCCGUGGUUGUGCACAACGUCUUGGCCAUGUUGGACAGCAAGCCGCAAAACGCGACAGCGGCUUAUGAUGGGUAUACAGCCUGCCCUGUGCUGGUUGGCGGAAACAAGCUGAUGCUAGCGGAGUUCAAUGGAUACACUAUG